UAAGUCCUCACAGCACCCUGCCUCACCACUCACACCUUCACAGCGACGUCAUGAAAACUCUGGUCAUGUUGGCAGUGAUGAUGGCGGUCUCCGCCCAUCAGGCCUCCGCCAACCCCGGCUACGGCUACGGCCAGGGGCACGGCUCUGGCUAUGGCCACGGCUACAGUCAGCCCCGCUACGUGGGUCCGCUGGCCUCCAGCGUCCCUGCCGGCAUUGGUGGCAAGAUCAUUCCUGUCUCGGACACGUACGAGGUGACUGCCGCCCGCGACCACUUCGCUCGGGCUUACAAGGAUCAACUCAACACCAUUUCUGCCAUCCGUGCCAGUCGCUACGGGAGCCCUAGCUACGGCUACGCCGCGCCAGCCUCCUAUGGAUCCGUGGGUCCCAAGCACGUGUCCCAUGCCGCCUACAGUCCUGCCGUGCACGUGUCCCACGCUGGAUACGGCGCCCCCUCCUACGGCCACGGCGGCGUGCCCACGCAGGUACGCGACACUCCCGAAGUAGAAGCCGCCAAGGCCGAUUUCUUCCGCCUCUACAACAAACAGGCCGCCGCCGCCGCCGCCGCCCCUGACAACUACGCAUAUGCAGGUUACAAACACUACUAAUACUGCAAAUAUAAAAAAAACGUCCUAAACUACUGUACUUAUAUAUGUAUGUUCCAAAUAGCAUUGUAAAAUGAAAAGAAAUGCUCCGAACAGCAUAAUUGUAUGUCUGCAAUGAAAAUAAAUAUUCCAAGCAA